GGCGACCGAUUUUGCAGAAUAGUUUCUCAAAAGACGUCGUUCGUAUAAGAGUAGCCCUCGACUGUUCCAACAAAGAGAGAGAGGGAGAGAAAGAGAGAGAGGGAGAAAGAGAGAAAAAGGGUGGAAGAGAAAGAGUGUUCUUGUCGUUUGUUACUCCUGUUGUUUCUGCUUGGAAAUGAAGAAGGAAAUUUAUUCCGAAGAUCGAAUAAUCUAAAGGAAAGCUAUAGAGAUUACGGAAGAUGCAGAAGAAGUCUAUAGAUCGUCGUUGAAGGAGUUAGGAUCUAUAUUCUCUAAGAGUAUCUUCCCUUUCAAUAAGGUUCGAUCUUAUUGGAAUAAUGUGGACGAAACGGCAAAUUCUGCAUAUUUUGAUAGCCCUGAUCUUGGCAUUUGCAGAAGCAGAACACUAUGAGAUUUAUGAAGAUCAAUAUAGAAAAAGUGAUAUCCCUUUCACCUGUUCCGAGGAAGGCUAUCAUCCUGAUCCACACGACUGCAGAGUUUUCUACAGAUGCGUCGAUCAAGGCAAUGGUGGUCCUUUGACAAUCUUUAAGUUCGAAUGUGGAAUUGACACAGUAUUUUCCAGAGAAAAAGGAAAUAUAUGCAUUCAUCCAAAUGAUAGUGAACGACCAGAAUGUGGUGGAUUUGAGAAUGAAAUAGAUUCUGAUAUUCAAAAUCUCAGUAUGGAUUCAUACCCAUCUUAUUCUACGUCCACAACAACCAUUAAAAUCACGGAUAGUACACAUAUAGCUACAACAACCACUACAACAGAGGCUACAACAACUACCCAAGAUUGGACGACUACGAGAAGAUCUGAUAUUAGUACCGAAUUUUCAACAACUACACAGCCAUCAACAUCUGAAUCAAAUCAAAAUGAGACGAUUGGUCUAGGAGGAGUACAAUGUACUACUGAUGGAUUUUUAUCUGAUUUACAAGACUGUAGAAAAUUUUAUAGAUGUGUAGACGAAGGUGCUGGAAUAUUACGAAAAUAUGAGUUUACUUGUGGAGUAGGAACUGUUUGGGAUCCGAAGAUCGAAGGAUGCAACCAUGCUUGGGCAGUUACGAGAGAUGACUGCCGACAACUCCAAGAAAAUGGCAAUACAGAUAGCGGACAAUGGAAUGGCGAUAUAGGAGCUAAUGGGGGACAAUGGAAUGGAGAUACAGGAGAAAAUGGAGGACAAUGGAAUGGUAAUACAGGAAGUUGGAAUGGUGACAGUGGUACAUCAAGUAAUGAUAAUAAACCUGAUAAUUCGGGAAUUCCAGAAACACCAGGUACUCCUGGUACUCCUGGAACAGCUGGCACCCCUGGCUCUCCUGGAACAUCAGGAACUCCUGGAACAGCUGGCACUCCUGGUUCCACUGGAAUACUAGAAACUCCUGGAUCUCCUGGAACACCCGGAACACCAGGUACACCUGAAACAGCUGGCAGUCCUGGUUCCACUGGAACACCAGGUACUUCUGGAUCUCCUGGAAUACCCGGAACACCAGGUACUCCUGGAACAGCUGGCAGUCCUGGCUCUCCUGGAACAUCAGGUACUCCUGGAACAGCUGGCACUCCUGGUACCCCUGGAACAGCAGGCACUCCCGGUUCCACUGGAACACCAGGUACUCCUGGAACAGCUGGCCGUCCUGGUUCCCCUGGAACACCAGGUACUCCUGGAUCCCCUGGAACAACAGGAACACCAGGUACUCCUGGAACGCCUGGAACAACAGGUACUCCAGGAACACCAGGCAUAGCUGGAAUACAUGGAUACCCUGGUUCUCCUGGAUCAUCUGGCAUCCCUGGCUCUCCUGGAACAUCAGGUACUCCAGGAACAGCUGGCACUCCAGGUACCCCUGGAACACCAGGAACUCCUGGAACAGCUGGCACUCCCGGUUCCACUGGAACACCAGGUACUCCUGGAUCUUCUGGAACACCCGGAACACCAGGUACUCCUGGAACAGCUGGCCGUCCUGGUUCCCCUGGAACACCAGGUACUCCUGGAUCCCCUGGAACAAUAGGAACACCAGGUACUCCUGGAACGCCUGGAACAACAGGUACUCCAGGAACACCAGGCAUAGCUGGAAUACCUGGCUACCCUGGAUCUCCUGGAUCAUCUGGCAUCCCUGGCUCUCCUGGAACAUCAGGUACUCCAGGAACAGCUGGCACUCCUGGUACCCCUGGAACACCAGGAACUCCUGGAACAGCUGGCACUCCCGGUUCCACUGGAACACCAGGUACUCCUGGAUCUUCUGGAACACCCGGAACACCAGGUACUCCUGGAACAGCUGGCCGUCCUGGUUCCCCUGGAACACCAGGUACUCCUGGAUCCCCUGGAACAAUAGGAACACCAGGUACUCCUGGAACGCCUGGAACAACAGGUACUCCAGGAACACCAGGCAUAGCUGGAAUACCUGGCUACCCUGGAUCUCCUGGAUCAUCUGGCAUCCCUGGCUCUCCUGGAACAUCAGGUACUCCAGGAACAGCUGGCACUCCUGGUACCCCUGGAACACCAGGAACUCCUGGAACAGCUGGCACUCCCGGUUCCACUGGAACACCAGGUACUCCUGGAUCUUCUGGAACACCCGGAACACCAGGUACUCCUGGAACAGCUGGCCGUCCUGGUUCCCCUGGAACACCAGGUACUCCUGGAUCCCCUGGAACAAUAGGAACACCAGGUACUCCUGGAACGCCUGGAACAACAGGUACUCCAGGAACACCAGGCAUAGCUGGAAUACCUGGCUACCCUGGAUCUCCUGGAUCAUCUGGCAUCCCUGGCUCUCCUGGAACAUCAGGUACUCCUGGAACAGCUGGCACUCCCGGUACUCCUGGAACAGCUGGAACUCCUGGUACCCCUGGAACACCAGGAACUCCUGGAACAGCAGGCACUCCCGGUUCCACUGGAACACCAGGUACUCCUGGAUCUCCUGAAACACCAGGUACUCCUGGAUCUCCUGAAACAGCCGGAACACCAGGUACUCCUGGAUCUCCUGGAACACCCGGAACACCAGGUACUCCUGGAUCUCCUGGAACACCCGGAACACCAGGUACUCCUGGAACAGCUGGCAGUCCUGGUUCCCCUGGAACACCAGGUACUCCUGGAUCUUCUGGAACACCAGGUCUACCUGGUACAUCUGACAUUCCUGGAACCACAGUUAUUCCUGGUAGUUCAGACAUAUCUGGAAGUCCUGUUACUUCAGAAACUCCGAGCAGCACUGAUACGUCAGAUACCCCUAUUAUACCGAGUACUUCAGGUAUAUGCAUCGAAGAGGGAUUCUUCCCUGAUCCAAAGAAUUGUCGUAAAUUUUAUCGAUGUGUAAAAGAUAGCAAUGAAUUCAUAAAAUAUGAUUUUGAAUGUGGUGUUGGAACAGUUUGGGAUUCCACUAUACAAAGUUGCAAUCAUGAGUACAAUGUACCGAAUUGUACAAGUAAUGCUGAAGUGGAUUUAACAACACCUGAUACUUCUGUCAAUGAAAUAGACUCUUCUACUCCUUUAAGUUCAAGUGAACAGCAACAAGUAGGCACAUCCAGGCCAACUCAAGGCACAACACUAGCUAGUACUUCAGUGUCAUACCUUCCCCCUGAAACGACUACGACGUUUACAAGACCAGAAGAUUCGGCAACAUCGGCAGCAACUGACAGACCUGGUACUUCUGGAACUCUACGUCCUCCCGGUCCAAUUUCUCCUGGAAUAACUGGAGCACCAGGUAGUGAUGGUAUACCUGGCACAACUGGAACUGAUGGGACUCCUGGAACAUCAGGUACUCCUGGAACAGCUGGCACUCCUGGUUCCCCUGGAACAGCUGGCACUCCUGGUUCCACUGGAACACCAGGAACCCCUGGAACAGCUGGCAGUCCUGGUUCUCCUGGAAUACCAGGUACUCCUGGAACCCCUGGAACAACAGGAACACCAGGUACUCCUGGCAUAGUUGGAACACCUAGCUCUCCUGGUACACCAGGAACACCAGGCAUGGCUGAAAUACCUGGCUACCCUGGUUCUCCUGGAUCAUCUGGCACUCCUGGUUCCUCUGGAACAGUUGGCACUCCUGGUUUCCCUGGAACACCAGGUACUCCUGGAUCUUCUGGAACACCAGGUCUACCUGGUACAUCUGACAUUCCUGGAACCACAAUUAUUCCUGGUAGUUCAGACAUAUCUGGAAGUCCUGUUACUUCAGAAACUCCGAGCAGCACUGAUACGUCAGAUACCCCUAUUAUACCGAGUACUCCAGGUAUAUGCAUCGAAGAGGGAUUCUUCCCUGAUCCAAAGAAUUGUCGUAAAUUCUAUAGAUGUGUAAAAGAUAGCAAUGAAUUCAUAAAAUAUGAUUUUGAAUGUGGUGUUGGAACAGUUUGGGAUUCCACUAUACAAAGUUGCAAUCAUGAGUACAAUGUACCGAAUUGUACAAGUAAUGCUGAAGUAGAUUUAACAACACCUGAUUCUUCUGUCAAUGAAAUAGACUUUUCUACUCCUUUAAGUUCAAGUGAACACCAACAAGUAGACACAUCUAGGCCUACUCAAGGCACAACACUAACUAGUACUUCAGUGUCAUACCUUCCCCCGGAAACGACUACGACGUUUACAAGACCAGAAGAUUCGGCAACAUCGACAGCAACUGACAGACCUGUUAUUUCUGGAACUCCAGGACUUACCGGACCCAUCUCUCCUGGAUCACCUGCUUCACCUGGAUCACCUGGCAUUCCUGGAUCAUUUGGUACUCCUGCAUCACCUGGAACUCCUGGCUCACCUGGAUUACCUGGUACUCCUGGAAUACCUGGCACUCCAGGGAGCCCAGGUUCACCUGGUACACCCGGUAGUGUUGAAUCCUCUGGCAGCCUGGGAACCCCUGGUACGCCUGGAACCCCUGGUACACCUGGAACACCAGGCGCACCUGGAUCACCUGGUACUCCUGGAACACCUAGUACUCCUGGUACGUCUGAUAUUCCUGGAACCUCAGUUAUUCCUGGUAGUUCAGACAUAUCUGGAAGUCCUGUUACUUCAGAAACUCCAAGCAGCAAUGAUACGUCGGAUAUCCCUAAUAUACCGAGUACUCCAGGUAUAUGCAUCGAAGAGGGAUUCUUCCCUGAUCCAAAGAAUUGUCGUAAAUUUUAUCGAUGUGUAAAAGAUAGCAAUGAAUUCAUAAAAUAUGAUUUUGAGUGCGGUGUUGGAACUGUUUGGGAUUCCACGAUACAAAGUUGUAAUCAUGACUACAACGUACCAAAUUGUACAAGUAAUGCUGAAGGGGAUUUAACAUCACCUGAUUCUUCUGUCAAUGAAAUAGACUCUUCUACUCCUUUAAAUUCAAGUGAACAGCAACAAGUAAGCACAUCCAGGCCUACUCAAGGCACAACACUAGCUAGUACUUUAGUGUCAUACCUUCCCCCGGAAACGACUACAGAAGGCUCGACUACGACGUUUACAAGACCAGAAGAUUCGGCAACAUCGACAGCAACUGACAAACCUGGUAUUUCUGGAACUCCAGGCCCUACCGGACCCAUCUCUCCUGGAUCACCUGGUUCACCUGGAUCACCUGGUAUUCCUGGCUCACCUGGAAUCCCUGGUACUCCUGGAAUACCUGGCAUUCCAGGAAGCCCAGCUUCACCUGGUACACCCGGUAGUGUUGAAUCCUCUGGCAGCCCGGGAACAUCUGGUACGCCUGGAACCCCUGGUACGCCUGGAACCCCUGGUACGCCUGGAACCCCUGGUACACCUGGAACACCAGGCUCACCUGGAUCACCUGGUACUCCUGGAACACCUAGUACUCCUGGUACAUCUGAUAUUCCUGGAACCUCAGUUAUUCCUGGUAGUUCAGACAUAUCUGGAAGUCCUGUUACUUCAGAAACUCCGAGCAGCACUGAUACGUCAGAUACCCCUAUUAUACCGAGUACUCCAGGUAUAUGCAUCGAAGAGGGAUUCUUCCCUGAUCCAAAGAAUUGUCGUAAAUUUUAUCGAUGUGUAAAAGAUAGCAAUGAAUUCAUAAAAUAUGAUUUUGAGUGCGGUGUUGGAACUGUUUGGGAUUCCACGAUACAAAGUUGUAAUCAUGACUACAACGUACCAAAUUGUACAAGUAAUGCUGAAGGGGAUUUAACAUCACCUGACUCUUCUGUCAAUGAAAUAGACUCUUCUACUCCUUUAAGUUCAAGUGAACAGCAACAAGUAAGCACAUCCAGGCCUACUCAAGGCACAACACUAGCUAGUACUUCAGUGUCAUACCUUCCCCCGGAAACGACAACAGAUGUCUCGACUACGACGUUUACAAAACCAGAAGAUUCGGCAACAUCGACAGCAACUGACACACCUGGUAUUUCUGGAACUCCAGGUCCUACCGGACCAAUCUCUCCUGGAUCACCUGGUUCACCUGGAUCACCUGGUAUUCCUGGAUCGCUUGGUACUCCUUCAUCACCUGGAACUCCUGGCUCACCUGGAUUACCUGGUACUCCUGGAAUACCUGGCACUCCAGGAAGCCCAGGUUCACCUGGUACACCCGGUAAUGUUGAAUCCUCUGGCAGCCCGGGAACAUCUGGUACGCCUGGAACCCCUGGUACGCCUGGAACCCCUGGUACACCUGGAACACCAGGCUCACCUGGAUCACCUGGUACUCCUGGAAUACCUAGUACUCCUGGUACGUCUGAUAUUCCUGGAACCUCAGUUAUUCCUGGUAGUUCAGACAUAUCUGGAAGUCCUGUUACUUCAGAAACUCCAAGCAGCAAUGAUACGUCGGAUAUCCCUAUUAUACCGAGUACUCCAGGUAUAUGCAUCGAAGAGGGAUUCUUCCCUGAUCCAAAGAAUUGUCGUAAAUUUUAUCGAUGUGUAAAAGAUAGCAAUGAAUUCAUAAAAUAUGAUUUUGAGUGCGGUGUUGGAACUGUUUGGGAUUCCACGAUACAAAGUUGUAAUCAUGACUACAACGUACCAAAUUGUACAAGUAAUGCUGAAGGGGAUUUAACAUCACCUGAUUCUUCUGUCAAUGAAAUAGACUCUUCUACUCCUUUAAGUUCAAGUGAACAGCAACAAGUAAACACAUCCAGGCCUACUCAAGGCACAACACUAGCUAGUACUUCAGUGUCAUACCUUCCCCCGGAAACGACAACAGAAGGCUCGACUACGCCGUUUACAAAACCAGAAGAUUCGGCAACAUCGACAGCAACUGACACACCUGGUAUUUCUGGAACUCCAGGUCCUACCGGACCAAUCUCUCCUGGAUCACCUGGUUCACCUGGAUCACCUGGUAUUCCUGGAUCACUUGGUACUCCUGCAUCACCUGGAACUCCUGGCUCACCUGGAUUACCUGGUACUCCUGGAAUACCUGGCACUCCAGGAAGUCCAGGUUCACCUGGUACACCCGGUAGUGUUGAAUCCUCUGGCAGCCCGGGAACCCCUGGUACGCCUGGAACCCCUGGUACACCUGGAACACCAGGCUCACCUGGAUCACCUGGUAUUCCUGGAAUACCUGGUACUCCUGGUACAUCUGACAUUCCUGGAACCUCAGUUAUUCCUGGUAGUUCAGACAUAUCUGGAAGUCCUGUUACUUCAGAAACUCCAAGCAGCAAUGAUACGUCGGAUAUCCCUAUUAUAUCGAUUACUCCAGGUGUAUGCAUUGAAGAGGGUUUCUUCCCCGAUCCAAAGAAUUGUCGUAAAUUUUAUCGAUGUGCAAAAGAUAGCAAUGAAUUCAUAAAAUAUGAUUUUGAGUGUGGUGUUGGAACUGUUUGGGAUUCCACGAUACAAAGUUGUAAUCAUGACUACAACGUACCAAAUUGUACAAGUAAUGCUGAAGGGGAUUUAACAUCACCUGACUCUUCUGUCAAUGAAAUAGACUCUUCUACUCCUUUAAGUUCAAGUGAACAGCAACAAGUAAACACAUCCAGGCCUACUCAAGGCACAACACUAGCUAGUACUUCAGUGUCAUACCUUCCCCCGGAAACGACAACAGAUGUCUCAACUACGACGUUUACAAAACCAGAAGAUUCGGCAACAUCGACAGCAACUGACACACCUGGUAUUUCUGGAACUCUAGGUCCUACUGGACCCAUCUCUCCUGGAUCACCUGGUGCUCCUGGUACUUUGGAAACCCCUAGCAACUCUGUCACUCCAGAUUCCACAGUUAUUACAAGUAAUUCAGAUCUAUGUAAUAAAGAAGGAUUCUUCUCUGAUCCUGGUAGUUGCCAGAAAUUCUAUCGAUGUGUAAAAGAAGGCAAUACAUUCAUGAAAUAUGUAUUUGAAUGUGCCAUUGGUACUGUUUGGGAUUCCCGCAUACAAAGUUGUAAUUACGAUUACAACGUACCAAAUUGUAGGAGUAACGCUGGUGUCGACAUGACAACACCCGAUUCUUCUAUCAAUGAAAUAGAUUCUAUUAAUGGUUCAAGUACAAAUGGACAGUCUGAAGUAAGUACUAGUAAACCUAUGGAAAGUACAACAUCUUCAAUCUUUAGUUCUACUACAAUAACAACUACUACUAAUCAUGAGGCACAAUCUAUGAUUCCAACAACAAUUAUAUCUACAUCUUAUUUACCACCAUCAAUUUCUGAAAUAAUUAGUAGUACACAAAUGACUUCUAGUACUAAACCUCCCGAAGUUACAUCACAAAUAACAUCAGCCUCAUACUUACCUCCUAUCAGUACUAUGCAGUCAAAUGACGUUGGUCAAUCUACAACUAUAUCACAACAGAUAAGUACUACUCCAUCAAGUACUGGCCAAGUAGGAACGUCGGAUUGUAAUACAGAAAGUUUCAUCCCAAACCCUAAUGAUUGCAAGAAGUUUUAUCGAUGUGUCAGUCAUCAAUCCGGAUUUGUAAGAUAUGAAUUUCAGUGCGGUCCUGGUACUGCUUGGGACCAAAGUAUACAAACAUGUAAUUAUAUUGAACAAGUCAGUUCCUGCAUGAUAAAUAAUAAUGAAAUAGUAGGAGAACAAGGUUCUACCUCAACUACUAAUUCUAGUAAAACACCUGCAACUAUUAAUGAAAAACCUGGACAGACUACAAUAAAACCCUCCUCAACUUAUAUACCAACAACUUCUGACAUGAAUGAAGUUCAGUUUACAUCUACUAAGUCUGAAAAUAUGCAGUUACUUGCAGGAUCAACUACUGAAAGUAUGUCGUCUUCUAAACCGCCAUAUCCAAUUUCAUCUUCCCCGUCUGAAUCGACAGUUUCAUCUUCUGAAUCAAACACAGAAUCAUCUAAUAUGGUCAAACCGCCCUGCACGACAUCCGAAAUUAAUAAUACAAUAGUUUGUAAUGAAGAAGGAUUUUAUCCGCAUCCAAUGUACUGUGAAAAAUUCUAUCGUUGCGUUAACAAUGGAAAAGGAUUUAACGUCUAUCACUUUAAUUGUCCACCGAGUACUAUAUUCGAUCCCAGUAUAAGCGCAUGUAAUUAUCCGGAAUCAGUCUAUCCAGCAAGAGAUUGUACUACAUUAGCAGCAGAGCCAAGUUCAUCUGGUAAUGAUAUUAUAACACAAUCUACGACAAUAUCAGAAGCAACAGAAGAAUCUUCGUCCACUGAGAGUUCAACAACGCAAAUUAAUACCGAAAUGUCUACAGGAACUACAACAUCAAUGGUAGAAUUUACAACCACGGGAAUUUCAACAGAAAUGACAUCGAUGACAUCGGAACAAACAACUUCCGGGGAAAUUACAUCCAUGUCCAGUACUGAAUCAUUUACUCCAACAGUGACCGAAAGAUUAACAGAACCAACAUUAAGUUCCACUGAACAAACGACAGAAUCAACAAGUUUCACUGAACAAACGACAGAAUCAACAACAAGUUCCAUUGAACAAACAACAGAAUCAACUGUAAGUUCCACUGAACAAACAACAGAAUCAACUGUAAGUUUCACUGAACAAACAACAGAAUCAACUAGUUCCACUGAACAAACAACAGAAUCAACUGUAAGUUCCACUGAACAAACAACAGAAUCAACUAGUUCCACUGAACAAACGACUGAAUCAACAGUAAGUUCCACUGAACAAACAACAGAAUCAAUUGUAAGUUCUACUGAAAAAACAACAGAAUCAACUAGUUCAACUGAACAAACAACAGAAUCAACUAUAAGUUCCACUGAACAAACAACAGAAUCAACUAGUUCCACUGAACAAACGACUGAAUCUACAGUAAGUUCCACUGAACAAACAACAGAAUCAACUGUAAGUUCCACUGAAAAAACAACAGAAUCAACUAGUUCAACUGAACAAACAACAGAAUCAACUAUAAGUUCCACUGAACAAACAACAGAAUCAACUAGUUCCACUGAACAAACGACUGAAUCAACAGUAAGUUCCACUGAACAAACAACAGAAUUAACAGAAGAAUCGUCUAUGAGUUCUACGCAAUCAGAAGCACUUGCUAGUGAAUCAACAACGGAACAAUUUACUACAGAAUCUCAAAAACAGUCAACAACUGAAUAUCAAGAACAAUCAACGACUGAUAGUUCAGAACAAUCUACUACAGAAUCUCAAGAACCAUCCACCACAGAAUCUCAAGAGUCGAUUACACAGAUACAAGAGGGAUCUACUACGGAAUCAGAUGAAUCGACUUCUACAACCAAAGAACCUUCGAUGGUGACACCUUGUCCUAUUGGAAAUUUAACUGAUGAACAAAUAACUCUUAUUUGUCCCACAGGAUUCCGUAAACAUCCGCGAUAUUGUAAUUUGUUCUACCAAUGUACCAUUGAAGGUAAUAUGGAAAUCAAGAUUCUCGUUUUAAGUUGUCCCGAAAAUACUAUCUUCGACGAGCAAAAAAUUCAAUGUCUUCCUGAAAAUGAAACCAAUCAAGGUUGUACGGGUCUUCGUGCCAAUGCUAGAUUUUACAGAAAGUUAGAAGAAAAUUCUAUAACACCAGUGAAAGUCUCAUCGCAACCUUUAUGUCCUGACAUUGGACAUUAUCCAUAUCGGCAGGGUUGCAGCAACACAUUUUAUAAAUGCAAACGAGACAGUAGAGAUAAUUUGCAAGGAUAUUUUUAUAAAUGUCCUGCGAACUUCAUUUAUUGGUCGGUUUCUAGAAGAUGUGAACGUGCUACUCGUCUACCUAUGUGCACACAUUUAGCAUACAGGAAGAAUGAUUUUUGGGACAGUCGAUGGCAAUUACCAGUCGAAGACAUCAAUCUUUCCGCGAGAGCAUUGCGUCUCUUUUGAGUCAUUAGCUAAUGAUACACUACUUUCGUAAAUUUCCAAGAACAGUAUAAAUCUCUCAGGUUACAUGCAAAACUUGUCAUCAGGAAACAUUAUACAAGUCUUGCACGUAGAAGUGAAUGAGACGAUUAAUCGGAUUUUGUCAACAUGGCUGCCGAAGAUAUAACAUUUGACAGAUCUUCGAUAGCCAUCUUGAAACGAUUUACGUUCGUUCCAGCUUCUACAAUGAAACUGAUAAUAUUUUUCUAUUAUAAUCAGUUUCAUUUAGAGUAGUUAGUUUAAAUAAUUACUAAUUAUCAUCGAUCAUAAUUCAUAUCAUCGUGCCGUACAAUCUUUGUUGACGACAAUAUUAAAUAUUUUUGACAAGAGAUCAUAAGCGAUAAUUGGGGUUUUGGUUGCGGGACUUGUAUGCAAUACACGACUGUAUUUAAUAGUAUAGUAAAUCAUAUGUAUAUUUAUUAAGCUGAUAAUUAGUUUAAAUAGUAUUGAUAGAAGUUCACGGAAAGAUUCUCAGGAAAUGUCUUCGUUGUGGAGUGAUCUAUACUCUUAAAACGGGAAUAACAUUUUUGAAGCGACUGAAUUUAUAUGUUUGAAAUGUAAAAAAAAAAAGAGAAAGAGAGAUCUUCAUAAGAAACAAAAUUGAACAUUUCAAUCAAUUUCUAUAUUUACCUUGUACAUAACUAUGUUUUCGUACUUCUAAUUCAAUAUAUCAUUAUAAGUAAUAUAGACACAUAGUAUACAAAUAUUUUAGUAAAUAUGUAUACAUGAUUUUCGCGUGUUUAUAUACGAUCUCUACCUAAACGACUAUAAAUAAAAUGUGAGUUUUUCAAUGUAA